UAUCAUAAAAUUCAGCCAAUUAUGAAGAGGAUUGUCACAUAUUGACAUUGGAAGCAACCAAUAGACUUUCGUAUCUAAAAGUAAUCAUUCCCUCCCCCCUAGAGAACGCCAGAGAUACUUGGUAAUGGCGACGGGUUUGUCCGGGGAGCUGACAUGGCAUAAUAUGGUGUGGGAAGUGAAGACUAAAGUGGUGCCACGCAGUAUAGAGAAAGGCCAGCAGGUGGAGCUGCAGAGCGUCUCAGGAAUGGAUGAAGCUUUCGACAUGCUAAAGUGCAACGAGGAUCUGCCGUCCUCUCCAGGAUGCCCUACCAGUGAGAGUCGCAUGGAGUAUGAUGACCUCCCUGAGCUGCAGGAGGUGCAGGAGAGCCGGGCGUCGCCAGCGGCGUUCCAGGUGGCAGCGGGAGUGUCCCAUCAGGAGCGACCCUGGGAGAGCUGGAGCCCCGCCCCCGACAGCGGCUCCCCCAACACCAGCUGGCUGACAGAGCUGGCCAACAUUGCCACGAGCCCUCAGAGUCCUCUCUUACAGAGCUCCCCCUGCAACAGGUCCUCUCCUGUCCACAUCUUUGCCAACAGCAACAGUUUACAUUCCUACGCCCGCCCCCCGCUAGCCUCCAGCAGCGCGCCCAGUCCUGCCCACGGUCACCUGAGAGAGCGCAGACGGGUCAGGGCCAGCAGCGAGUCGGAGUCGGGCGUCUUCUGCACCUCCUCGCUCUCGGACGACGAUGACAUGGGCUGGUCCCAUUCGUGGCCCUCCACGGCCUGGCACUGCUUUCUGAAAGGCACACGCCUGCGCUUCCACAGGGGCCCCAACGUGGAGUGGCAGGACGUGGAGGAGCUGGGCGACUCUGACGAUGAGUCUGAAGACGAGAGAGAGGCACUUUCCCCCUCCCUGAAGAGCUAUGGUUCUGAAGGGCUAAAGUUAGUGGCCCAUGAGGAGACCGUGUCUUUCGGCCAGUCAGUUCUCAAAUUGACCUUUGACCCUGGUUCGCCAGAAGAUGGCCUCUUAACAGCAGAAUGCAGAUUGGAUCAUCCCUUUUUUGUGAAAAAUAAAGGCUGGGCCUCCUUCUACCCGAGCCUGACGGUGGUCCAGCACGGGAUCCCCUGCUACGAGGUUCAGCUGGGAGACGUGUUCCUGCCCCCGGGGCACAGGGACGCCAUCAACUGUGACGAUUCGGUGGUGUUCGACACCUUCAGGAGCUAUGACUUCACCCCUCUGGACUCCUCGGCCGUGUACGUUCUGAGCAGCAUGGCCCGACAGCGCCGGGCCUCCCAGUCCAGCGGGGGCGCCGUCAGCCCCGACUGCGAGAAGCUGGGCCGGGACGCCGAGCCCCCCGGCCCCUCCCAGUCCCCCCACGGCAAGGCCAGCAGGAGCCACACCUCAGGGACAGCCAGCAGUGCCACGCCCACCAAGUGCAAGCGGCCAAUGAACGCCUUCAUGCUCUUUGCCAAGAAGUACCGGGUGGAGUACACACAGAUGUACCCUGGGAAGGACAACAGAGCCAUCAGCGUGAUCCUGGGAGACAAGUGGAAGAAGAUGAAGAACGAGGAGAGGAGGAUGUACACCAUGGAGGCCAAGGCCCUGGCCGAGGAGCAGAAGCGCCUCAACCCCGACUGCUGGAAACGCAAGAGAACCAACUCGGGUUCACAGCAGAAUUAACUGGCAGACGCAGGAGGUUGCCGAGGAAACGUGAACUGGAGUCAGAGAACCGGAGGUGGAAUGAGCACGGCUUCCCGUAUUCUGCCAGAUGGAUAAGACUUUACUGUGAUUACCAAUAUACUUGCUUUUUUUUAACUUAAUAGAGACAUUAUACAAAAAAAAGAGCAAAUGAAAGACAAAUUAUAUAUAUAAAAAAAAGCGUAUAAUCUAGUAACUAACAGUGCUUAAGAUAUUUUCUUAUGUUUCUAUUGACCGAAAUUGCCUUAUUCUUCCAAAGUUUAAAAAAAACAAAACUCAGAAACCGCUCAGUUCUAUUUUUCAGGUAAUUUUCAUAUUCUUGGCUUGAAAGGUGAGAUCCUGUGGUGCUACAGUGCAGGGGAGGAGGAGGAGCUGCAAACAAAUGUCUAUUUUUAAAUGUAAAGAGAAAAAAAAAAAAGAAAAAAGAAAAAGGGGAAAUUUAAAAUGCUUUACUUCAGCUUGUUCAUACAAUUAUAUUUGUAUAACUCAAUAUAUUGCACAGACAUGGUAAUCCAUUUAACUUUGUAUUUCCGUAAGGGCUGGGGGGGGGAGUGUGGGGAAGGGGGGGGGGGGGGGUUAAAGCGUAGUGUGACACCCGCUUGUGAGGACCUUCUGUCACACACGUCCCGUGUGUUUGACACAGAGAAAUCACAUGACGACAUAUAGCUGGAGUGGAACACACACACCCACACACAAACACAGCACUUCUAGGGCUAUGACUACACCCUAAGUGUUUUUGCACUUUAUAUACAUGUAUACAUAUAUAUAUAAAUAUAUAAAUAUAUUAUUCACGUAUAUAAUCUUGUACAAGCAACCCAUAUUCACGAGCAGAGAAUUUGAUUAAUUUUUGACACGAUCGUGGCCAAACUGUACAGCUCCUGUCUGCUCUCCUGGUUCUCCAUUGAAUUCUUAUAAUCUCUGAUGUCCAUAAUGUACAGGUGCUUGGCUCCAUCAAACUCUUGCACAGAACGUCCUUGUAUGAUAUUAUAAAUAUUAAAAGUUUAAACUUGUAAUCGA